AUGCCAAACGACAUUCAGUCAUUCAUUUUGCAUUUUUUAAAAAACGAACCGUUCAAUCUUAACUUAACACCACUUCAAUUUGAUCAACUUCCUGCAAAUCAACUUAUUCAAAUUCUCAGCGAUGUGCUCAGUUGGAUCUUCCAAACAGACAAAAUUGACAUCCGAAGAGAACCUGCUGAAGACACAGCUAUCCGCAUUCUCAAUCUUCUACGAAUUCUUCGCUAUCGGCCUCCUACUGAUCCAGAAGAACUAGAAGAAUGGCGUGUGGGGGUUGUAGAAGGUUCGAAGAGCAGCAUGUACCCUCUUCUAGUGUUUCUGUUUGAGAAUUCCGAGGCAUUAAAGGAGCGAGCAUAUUUGGCAAAAUUUUUGAUGAAGACUGAAGUUCCGAGCGAAGUGCACGACUACGACACUGCCGAGCUGCAAAAUGAAAUUCAAACGCUUCAAAAUGAAUUCAAAGAAGUUCACGCGGAGAACAAAGAAGUUCAAGCAGAUGUUUUAAUGCUUGAGGAUAUAAAAGAAGAUUUGAAAUCAAUGGAAAAAGAGAAACAGCUUCUUAUACGAAAAAUUGAAAAAUUAGAGAAGAAAGUUCAGAAUAUCCCAUACUUUGAUAGACAUAUGGAAGUGGCUUCUGAGCUACGAGCGCAACGCGAUCGGGUUUCCGAGUAUGCCCAUCAAAAACACCAGGAAAGGCAGAAGAUUAUUGCCGCGGACAAUAGAAUCAAUCGUCUCCAAGCGAUGCUAGAGGAAUUGCGUUCAGCUGAUGAAACAAUCGAUCAAACCAGCGUUAUGGAGAAACUUGAAGACGAAGUUGCAACCAACAACUAUUUGGUGAAUGAAAAACUAGUCGAGGACAUUGAAGAUCGGGAAAAAAGACUGAAAGAACUGACAGAGAUGGCGAGAACUGCAGCAAUCCGACAAGAGGAUAUUGAUAAACUCCAAGAACAGGUGAUUGUUGAAGAAAUUUCAAAACGAAUCAAAACGCUUGAGGAGGAGCGCGAUCAAAUUGAAGAGGAUGUUGAUGACAACAUGAGUGUGUUUCGUCAUCAAGUGAAUGCACUUGAAAGAAAAAAGGAAACCGCAGUUCAAAAGCUGCAAGAUGCGAGGCACGAUCUCUCGAAACUGGAAGCAGAGAUUGACACCAAAAAGAGUAGGCUGCAGAAUGAGUUGGGAGGCGAAGUUUUGUCAACAGUGCAGUACAAAAAAUAUUUGGACCGUUUCCGUGCAAGAAAUGAGGAGCACAAAAGAAAGAAAAAAGAGCUGAAUGAUCUUCAAUCAGAGAGGACAAUACUCAAACGAACAGUGGAGAUACUUACUGAAGCCUAUGAGGAACUACGAACAAAUAUUGAAAACCUUGGAGGGGAAGUUGUUGAAGUUCUCCAUGUUCCGCUGGCACAUGAAAGACCAAGAACCGCUGCUCCGAGUACAAACGAUGCCGAUAAGUUGAAAACUGAGUUGCGAGAAAUGAUGUCAGCUUUGGAAAACCGAAAGAAUGUUAUUUCUGACUACCGGUCAACACGUGACGUAAUAAAAAGUAAAAGCCAGAUGUUGACAGCUGAAUUGGAGGAAAUGAAACAGCGAAAGCAACGGAAAGAAGAAGAACGAGAGGAAAUGUAUUCAAAUCUUGUUAGAAAUGUCACGGAAAUGGAGAACAAGCAUAAGCAAAAUUCUGAAAAUUUGAUAAAACGAAAGGAUGAAUUAGCGGAAUAUUUAUCCGAGCUCAAUAAUAUCCAGCAAUAUGGCAACAAUCUCGAAGAGUUAGAGGCUUCUGUUCGCGAUAUUGAAGCCGAAGAAGAAUCAUUGAAAUCAAAAAACGAUUCAAUGAAAAGUAUGGAUGCGAUUCGCGAGCAGUAUGCAUUAUGGAACGGACUUCACGAAAUAUUCGCUUUAAAAGUUGCAUUGUUGAAAAAUAACGAAAGAUAUUAA